AUGACUCAGUACAUUCCUACUAAACACUGCAAGUUUGGAAUAAAGUUAUGGAUGCUUGUCGAGUCUGUCAGCGGGUAUAUCAUGCAUAUGUCAAUAUAUAGAGGUAAAAGGUACGACCCCACACCAGCCGGACAGACACAGGGAUCAUUCGUGGUAUUCACGUUGAUGGAAGCGGCAGACCUCCUUAACAAAGGGUACCACUUAUUUACAGACGGGUUUUUUUCGUCAAUAGACAUGGCAAAGCGACUGCUAAAGGCGGGUACUAGAUUUACCGGUACAUUUCGAGCCAAUGCCAGAGGUCAACCACAAGCCAUCAAAAAACCGAUUCUCAACGCAGGACAAGCUGUAUACCUGCGACAGGGCAGUAUUUUACUAUGCGCAUACAAAGAGAAGCCUACCAGGAAACCCGUCCGUUUGAUAUCAAAUUGUCAAACAGCAACAGUAACAAACGCGAGGCAAAAACCGGAAAUGGUAAAUCUAUAUAAUCGGUUCAUGGGAGGGGUUGACCUUAAUGACCAACUCACAUUGACAUAUGACGACCAUAGGAAAAGUGUAAAAGCUUGGAAAAAGGUUGUUUGGAACAUGAUACACAGAAUUUCGUUGAAUGCAUACAUAUGCUAUACACACAACACUGACCGACACCUAAUUGUUAGUCGCGUUGAGUUUAUCAAACUCAUUGUGGAAAGUCUAUGUCAAGAACAGCUUGACCAGCGUAUACCUGGUGGAAUUCGACGUCGCCAUAAUCCCAUGGGUGUGGUUCCCAUCAAUGGUCAGAGAGAAUGCGUGGUAUGUUCACGUCAUGAUGGGAAUGGAAGACGUCGUGCUAGAAGCGCAUGUCGAAUGUGCCACCGUGGAUUACACGCCCAAUGCAUGAAUGACCAUGUAUGCCGACGUGACGUUGAACAAUAA